CUAUUGGUGUAAAAUCACUAAUCGCUUUGUCGGUUAUUACUUUUUGACUUAAGUGUGCUAUAUAGAGUAGCGUUUGACGCUUGUGUYUUCCGUUGAAACUUUAACAUACGAGUUAUGUGUUUUUCCAUUAUAUAAAUUUAAACGUUUUUUUAUUAGUGUUGUGUAUUAUAAUUUAAUAGGUAUUAUAUUAAAAACCUUGGUAGUUUUUUUUUUGAAAAUCAUUAUUACCUUAUUUUAUUUGUACAUUGUGUCGACGUUUACAGAAAAACUGCAUUUGAGUGCCUGUUAUUUUUAGUGUUUUAAGGAUAUCAAUAWCAUCAUGGCUAAAGUACAGCUGUCAAAUGUGGUUGUAUUGGAUAAUCCAUCCCCAUUUUUAAAUCCUUUUCAAUUUGAACUUACGUUUGAGUGUAUUGAAGAUUUAAACGAAGAUUUGGAAUGGAAAAUGAUUUAUGUUGGAUCUGCUGAAAGUGAAGAACACGAUCAAAUACUAGAUACUAUUUAUGUUGGCCCUGUUCCCGAAGGAAGACAUAUGUUUGUUUUUGAAGCAAAUCCUCCAGAUGUUUCUAAAAUUCCUGUAGAAGACGCUGUUGGUGUAACUGUUGUACUAUUAACUUGUUGCUAUCGUAAUCAGGAAUUUGUUAGAGUUGGAUACUUCAUUAACAAUGAAUAUACAGAUCCAGAGCUGCAAGAAAAUCCUCCAGCCACUCCUCAAUUUGAUAAGAAUGAAGAUUCAAACCUACAAGAAAUGGAUGAAGAAGUGUCAUCUUUGUUAUCUUCUCAUGCAGACAACAGCCUUAGUCAAAGUCCAAUGGAAGUAUUGUAAAUCGACUGAUCGGAUAUCUCAUCUAUUUUAAUAUCAAUAUUUUUUUUUAAGUAAUACAUUUUAUAAGAAAAUUAAAGUAAAAGAAGUGUUAA